CUCCUCCUUAAUUGCUGCCGCUCUAUUUCUUCCUCGGACAUACUGCAUCCUUUUUGUAUGUUCAGUAAUGGCUACCACUCCUUCCAGUCUCAUCUUGAUGAUGUUUUCUUGCUAGUAAAGAUAUGUCUUCAACCUCCCAAGCAAAGGGUAAAUGUUUGUUAGCUGAGUGCUUUUAUUUUACUCGUUAUUUUAUUGGGGAUUGGUUUAUAAUGGAAGUCAAGGCACUAGAGACUUGACAAGCCACGUGGGGUUCCUCUUGCCCAGUUCAACGCUGUACUCAUUCUUCCUCUCUCCUCCCAAAAUUUUGCAUUUGAUUGCGUAAAGGGUUUCUCUUGUAUUCCUAGAAUGUAAAUUGUUCUUUUUGGGGUUGAAUCGAAUUCUGGAUGCGUCAAUUUGAUGGUUGAGUUGAGAUCCAUCUUCCUCAGGGUCUGUUAGAUGGGAAGUUUGCAGCUUUGUUCUUUGUGAAAAGCUGUAUUUGGAUCUCUUCUUUUGUACGGUGAAAUUUCUAUGUAUGUUUUUGAGUUUAAUGUUUGUAUUUGACCAAGAUUACAAGCAUGGAGACCAGGAAGGAGAAGCUAGUGAGGUUUUUCAGUGCUGAGAAACAGAACCUUGAACUUUCCCUGGUGAAAAAUGGCAUUGGGCAGCUAGAAAAGCCACUGCCACUUUAUAAAGCAGCAGCCCCUUUGUUGAAAACUGAAGGUAGUGUUGUUGGUGAUAGAAAUUGGGGCAAUGAAGUUCACAAAUUUGGAAGGUUUAAGGUUUUUCCAGAGAAUCAUGAACCCUGGAGGGAGCGAAUUCUUGAUCCUGGCAGUGAUAUUUUCUUAAAAUGGAACAGGGUUUUCCUCUUCUGGUGCUUAUUAGCUCUAUUUGUUGAUCCAUUGUUUUUCUACCUCCCUACAGUAGUAAACUAUAACAAUAUAUAUUGUAUGUAUAAUGAUUACAAUUUAGGAAUUGUUGUUACAUGUAUUCGGACUCUUGCGGAUGCAUUUUAUGUGUUACAUGUGAUCAUUAAGUUCCGGACAGCUUAUGUAUCACCUACUUCAAGAGUAUUUGGGAGGGGUGAACUUGUUAUGAACCCAAAGUUGAUUGCAAGGCGGUAUUUGAGAUCAGAUUUCUUCAUAGAUCUAGUGGCUGCACUGCCUCUUCCUCAGAUUAUGAUAUGGUUUGUUAUACCAGCAGUUAAAAGCUCCCAUUCUGGUCAUACUAACAAUGCACUUGUAUUAAUUGUUCUACUCCAAUAUAUUGCCCGACUAUAUUUGAUUUUCCCUUUAAGCUCUGAGAUUAUCAAAGCAGCAGGAGUAGUCACAAAGACUGCCUGGGCGGGAGCUGCUUACAAUCUCCUGCUGUACAUGUUAGCCAGUCAUGUCAUAGGAGCAUCAUGGUACUUAUUGUCAAUAGAAAGAUAUGCAACAUGCUGGAAAUCUGAAUGCAGAAAGGAGGUCAACCCUUUUAAAUGCAAACUGAGUUACUUGGAUUGUGGCUCAUUAGAUGAACAUGAUCGCAAGAACUGGCAAAAUAGUACUGUUGUGUUUAGUAACUGUGACCCCACUAAUAGUAAUAGUACUUUCAACUAUGGCUUAUUUGGGAAUGCAAUGUCAAAAAAUGUCGUCUCUUCAAAGUUCCUUGCAAAGUAUUUCUACUGUCUGUGGUUUGGUUUGCAGCAGUUGAGCUCCUAUGGACAAAAUUUAGAGACAAGCACAUUUAUUGGAGAAAACAUGUUUGCCAUACUCAUUUCCAUCUUGGGUCUAGUUUUAUUUGCCCAUUUGAUUGGUAACAUGCAGACAUACCUGCAGUCCAUUACAGUAAGACUUGAGGAAUGGAGGCUCAAGCGACGGGACACUGAGGAGUGGAUGAAGCAUCGUCAGCUCCCUCAAGAUCUGCGAGAACGUGUCCGCCGAUUUGUUCAGUACAAGUGGCUUGCAACUCGAGGUGUUGAUGAAGAAUCAAUCUUGCAUGCCUUACCUACAGAUCUACGAAGAGACAUCCAAAGCCACCUGUGCUUGGACCUUGUUCGACGUGUUCCCCUUUUCUCACAGAUGGAUGAUCAGUUACUAGAUGCCAUAUGUGAGCGCUUAGUAUCCUCCUUAAGUACUCAAGGAACCUACAUUGUUCGAGAAGGUGAUCCUGUCACUGAAAUGCUUUUCAUUAUAAGAGGGAGACUUGAGAGUUCAACUACAAAUGGGGGCCGCACAGGUUUCUUCAAUUCAAUUACUUUAAGACCAGGUGACUUUUGUGGAGAGGAGCUACUUUCAUGGGCGCUGCUUCCAAAAUCUGCAUCGAACUUACCUUCAUCCACAAGGACGGUGAGAGCCCUUGUUGAAGUGGAAGCCUUUGCAUUGAGAGCAGAAGAUCUCAAAUUUGUGGCCAAUCAGUUCAGGAGACUCCAUAGCAAGAAGCUACAACACACAUUCCGCUACUAUUCUUACCACUGGAGGACAUGGGCCGCCUGCUUCAUUCAGGCUGCUUGGCGCCGACACAAGAAGAGGCUGAUGGCUAGGAACCUUAGCAUGAUGGAGUCAUUCUCAUAUCCUUCUGAGGAGCAAGCAGCUGAAGAAAGUGAUGAAAAGGAGGGAUCUUCAAAUUCUUCCAAUGUAAAACAGAACCUAGGGGUUACCAUUCUGGCUUCAAGGUUUGCAGCAAAUACACGUAGAGGGGCUCAAAAAUUGAAGGAUGUUGAAAUGCCAAAGUUUCAGAAGCCCGAAGAGCCAGACUUCUCAGCAGAGCCCGAUGAUUAAUAAUCCCCACUCCAGCUGCUAUGUAAAACUGUAUUGAUUUUUAGUUAGAUGCAAAUUGGUCUUAUGUAAAACGCUUAAGUUCUCGACAAUUUUCUUUUACUAUGUCUGGUUAGUUGCACGUAAGACUUCAGUCAUAGUGAAGGUUUACAAUUCAGUGCCAUGUACUAGUGAUGAAUAUUCAAGCUAUGGGUUUUAGAGACUAUUAGAUGUCACCUUAAUAUGUCCAAGAAUGUUAAUUUUUUGUAGUUAAUUUGAGAAUGCUAUUAGAAAAGAAACAAUGUUUUUCAGU